CCCAGCCUAAGUGCUCCCCAACAAAUCUCUCUCUCUCUCUCUCUACAACUGCAAACAUGGACUCCAUUUUGGGCUAUGGCGCAGUCAUCUCACUGAGAGCUUAACGUGGGCACCCCCGGCGCAGGAUAUGGAGUCGCCCUCCUUUGUAUCCAAAGCGAGGACCGCCUUCCAUUCUGCGGCGGCUAAAGCGGAGCGAGUUUUCUCUGACUUAAAGCCCGAUCGAGAUUCUGAUAAGCAAUCGCCCAAGAAUUUGAUUAAUCAAGCAGAUGAUGAACCGCCAAGUAACGAGGGCGAGUCAAAGGGUUCCAAUGAAUCAAAGCAUUUGAGGUGGAGACCUCCAAACAUAGGGACAAAGCAAGAAUGGCAGGAUAGACUUAGGAACAUUGGAAAAGGAAAAAAAGGAGUUGAAGACGAGAAGGCCGAAUAUUCAACCAUGGCGGUUCCGUUCUAUGAUGAGAAUUUAGAAGAUAUAGUUGUGAUUGUGAACGAGACCGAAUUGUUUUUCUUUGAUGAUAAAUUGGGAUUUGAUAUUUGCAAGGGGGCAGAGAUGAUUCCCUCAGUUGAAAGCUUUGUUGCAGACAACGUUGUGAUUCCUCCAUUGUCUGUUAUGAGGCAAUUGGCUACAGCUGUUGAGGCUGGAAAGAAGUUAAAAUCAUUGAAAGAUUUUUUGGCAACAUCAGGAAGUUCUUCGCCUGUCAGGGAGAGAACAAGCCUGAGUCUCUAUGCAGUGAGGUCCUUAGUGCUUCGUGAAAAGGAUGAAAGGCCAUCGGAUUUUGGUAAUAAUGAGAAGGUUCGAGCAUUAAUCCGCUCGCUGUUUGAUGCAGAGGGAAAUUUUCUAAGACGGAAGAUCGAUUCUGGUUCAGAGGCAAUUACAACAGCAUCUUUGCCAAGAGAUAUUCACGGUGCUCCUCCUGAAAGCCUGGUUGUUAAGCUAGCUGAAGUUGCUGGGAGCUUCAGAACCCUCAAGAAAAUGACACUGUUUUGGUGCAGAGUUGUUGAAGAGCUGAGAAGACUUUGGUCUGAAGAAGAACAUGUACCUAGCAUUCCCAUAGAUGAGAUUCCAGAUCUGAAUUCCUGUCUUUUGUAUCAGCGGCUGCAAGUUAUCAACUGUUGUAUUUCCAGGAAAAGGCGGCGUGCUAUUGCCACUGAAACAUUAGACUUUGUAAUAACGGAAGCCAGUCCAAAGGCAGAAGAAUCUGCCAUCUCCAACGACAAUCCUGCAGGCCCUAUGUUGUAUGCUACACUAAGCACUGGGGAACUUGUCCUCCGACUAGGUGCUGAUCGACCAUUUGGUAAUGUGACAAUGUUGGAAACUGGGGAACCUGUGUACUGCCCUGUGACCCAGGAAGGACCUUUGCUAACUGAAGAUCUUAUCAAAGAAACAGAGGAGUUUGUGCUUCGAACAGGAAGCGUUGGUGCUGGAUGUUCUCAACUCCUGUCUGACAUGCAGGCUUUCAAGGCUGCAAAUCCUGGUUGUAUUUUGGAAGAUUUUGUGAGAUGGCACUCCCCUCCUGACUGGUCGGAGACUGAACCAGAGGAUAGAGACUCUUUUGAUGGUAGUGAUGCAUUGUCCACAAGAGGAUAUCUAAGUAGUCGAAUGCAAAAAGAAGGCAAUUUGUGGCGUGAGUUUUGGGAUACAUCCAAGCCAGUUCCAGCAGUUAAACAAGUACCCCUCUUUGAUGAGGAUUUAGCCGUAGAAGGUAUCCUGGAUGGUUUUGAUGACAUAUCACCUUCCGAGCUUUUUGAGCAGCUGUUUGUUUCUUUGCUUGGUUUAGGCUUUGUAAUUGCUGAGGCUAAACUGUCCAGUAGUAGUGAUUUUUCGAAGCUGUUCUAUGAAUGCAAGGAAUAUGUGGUUUCCACUUGUCAAAGCAGCACCCGGACUGAGAAGAUUGAUGAGCUUUGCCAGGUAUAUGAAACAGUGGAGACUAUGUUCCAGAAUCCAGAGGAAGUCCUAAAAAUGAUGAAGCAACCAGAAGAAUCAACGACCCCUUCCGGUGAACCAAAACGGCGUUUUAAGAGGCUCGUCCUCAACUUCGGUGGCAAAGAUAGACAGUUAAAAAAAUCAGCUUCAAAGGAUCAGAAGAACUCAACGAGCCCUAGUAGCCAACCAUUUUCAAGUUUCUUUGACAACAAGUCAUCACUAUUUUCAAAAAAGCCUCCUAAGCCUGAAAAUGCCUCCCCUGUUGAAACACCUCCAAAGCCUGAAAAUGCACCCCCUGCUGAAAAACCUUCGAUUACAGACGAAAAUGAUUGGACGGUUGUUUAGUCGUAACUUCUUUUUUCUUUUUUCCUUUCUUGCCCUUAUUUUUUGGUUAAAAACAGGCUUGAUUUUGCUGGUAAUUGUAAAUUGUUUUGAGCAAAACGAGCUAAUGGGGGGUUACCAUUAGCCACAAUUUAAAUGAACUUAUUGCCUUGAAUUAUAAA